AUGGAUCAGAUGCAGUCUUACCAUUAUAAUACGGCUCCAGUUCCCUUGGAAGAAAAUGCGUCUACACCUCCUGCUAACCGCUCCACGUCUUCACGCCCUUUUCCUUACCAACAAAGACGCCCUCUCUCGCAAUCAACAUUUAUCAAACCACAAGCAGAGUUAACUUCCACGCAGUCACUCGCUGCCCCGGACCAUCCUCUUGACUUCAAGAGUAAUACUUGGACGUCUUCCAGCGGCGAGUUAGGGCUCCUCUCGGAGGGCGAGGAGGCAGAAAGCAGGGAUGAGUUCGUUCACGAAUAUAAUCGACUCGCAAAGAGGUAUGGUAUCCGGCUACUCGUGACUAGAGACUUCCCUGUAGACGCGUCCCUUCCCACUAGAAGACCGAGCUGGUUUUCGAAAGCUCUACGGCGAACAUCGUCUGGCCAAUCAGUACAGACUAUACUCGUCCGCUCGGAUUCACGACAGCUGAGGCGUCGGCGAAGCGUCAGUGAUGUUGCUAUGAAUCUUAUACACCACACCAAAAAGGGCGAGCUUAAAGGUGAAACCCUCCGAGACCUAGUGCGAUUAUGCGGAAAGAGUAUAUUCUACUUACCUACCGAGUACGCACCUUGUUCCUUGGUGCUGCCGACUUGCUUCCGUGCGCUCGCGCAAGCGCUUGUACAACAAGCUGAUACAAGAGGAAUUUUCCGGGUACCAGGCUCCGCUCGAGUUGUGGGCAUCCUCUAUGACUACUACUGCCCCGAUAGGGAUGCAAAAGGUGCAGAUGCCAUCUCAAUUACGACCCGAUGUCCUAACCUUCCUUCGCAUAUUGAAUGCAGUGCUCAUGAUAUUGCUUCCGCUUUCAAAAGAUUUCUGGCAGGGCUACCUGGAGGCAUACUGGGCUCAUUGUCUCUUUUCGAUGCCUUGGUUGCAAUUCACAGCCAACUACAUGCUGAUCCCGAACUCGCUAAGACUAGAGAAACUAAGCUGCGCGCACGGUUGAUUGCACUCGCUAUUGGGACCGUCAGAUCACAGUACCAGAGGGAGCUGAUAUGUGCCGUAUUCGGCUUAUUAUGUCUUGUCGGCCGAGCUGCUGAGAAUGCUCCUCGAGAAGAUGAAAACGGUAGGCCACUCCCCACGGCCGAUUUGAUGGGAUAUAAUGCUUUAAGCAUAGUAUUCGGCCCUCUCUUGAUCAAUGAUCUUAUCGACUCCUACAGCAUGAAUUUAGCAGACCCCGCUGCUGGACUGGUACUGCUCCCGGUAUCUGCCCCGAAGUCCCGAAAAGAGAGGCACAAGCAUAGGAAAUCUAAAUCUCGAACUGAAGAUGCGCCCUCUAGCUUUACGGUUGAUAAGAUACAUGUCGCUAAUAACAUCACGGAGAUGUUAAUAGUACAUUGGAGGGAGGUGGUUCAGCAAAUGCGGAGCCUUGGCACCCUGAAGAUCAGCAGGCGUGAUCAUUUCGCCCAGCAUAGGACGAACAAGACUAAGUUAGGUUCUUCAGCUUCAGACUCAUUCCCUUCAAGAAAGCCACCUAAAUGGAACGGCAUUGUGAUUUCGCAUAAGCGAAAAGGUAGAAGCGUCUCUCCUCUAGUUAGAAAUCCAACUCCCAUGCCUAGGGCUAGCUUAUACAAACAUCGAGAUACUACAGGAAAUCACCUUGAGCCCAUAUCGCUAAACCGACAACGAUCACGACCGUCCAGUUCUUGCGCUUCCCAUAAAGCUCCAAGUAGGAUUUUAGAAAACUGCCUCUCACCUACAGCUGAGGAAAGCCCGUCGGCCAGUCAAUAUGCAGUAAGUGUAGGUCAAACGUCUCAUCUAACAGCGUCGUCUGCUGAGCGAAGUUUGCUCAGGGACAGUAUUGAGAGCGCCCCAGAAAACCGAGGCCUUGACAGAGCGUCGGGUAGCGGUGAGAGCGAGGCUGGAGUCCGGACCAGGGUGCGGCCAUCUCGUAUGGAUGCGCACGAGGAUCCUUCGGUUCUCCACAACAGAAGCUCAUUGAGUCAUAUACUAUCUGGAAGCGAGUUAACUUUUCAUAGCGUCAAGUCAUCCAUCGUCGAAAUUGGCGACAAUGAAGGAUACUCUUUACGAUACGAUUAUGCUACACCAAAAGCCAAAGAGCCUAGAAUACUUGAAAAGUCUCCAUCAAAGAAAACCAUAACCUCAGCUAGGUCAUCCCUGUCGACUGAAGAUUAUCAUAGCAGUCAAGCUAGGGACUAUAUUCAUACUUCAACGCAAGAUAUUGACUACGUUGGAAAAUGGAAAGCUUUAAGUCUGGCCAGUAAGACCAGCACGGAGUCUCUAGCAAGAUCCGCAAAGGAAAGACGCUUGAGACGUAGUCCAGGCAAUAGUAGUCUUCGACAGAGCGAGGAAUCAUUCGUGAGACGAGACAAGGAACCAUCCACACCAAAAUGGCAACAGCAAAUCGCAGAUAGGCCAAGCGAAAGGAAGCAAAACCCAGCUGGACUUUUAUCCGAGAAAAAGAGCGUAUGCGAAAAUUCCCCUCGACCUAGGCCUUCAAGGGAACCGGUUUCUCCACAUAAAUCGAGGUUAUUGCCCGACAAGAGUAUCUUCGAGGGGAUGAGUAGGCCGGUUUUAUAUCGCUCGAGUUCGAAGCCGACGCCAGGAUCAGUGAAGGCCAUAGCUGCGCUGUUUGAUAAUACCAUCUAUGAUUCUCCGGUGAGCUCCAGAACUAUGCUUCCUGGUAGAAUUGGACGCGACUGCAUCGGUGUACGGUCUCCAUAUUCUGCAAGCAACUCGCCGUCGAAAUAUCCUAGAUCAAGGAACACGGCAAGAACUAGCACGCCGUCAAACGCUUUUGAUGGUUCUAGAGGGGGGUCUCAGCUUCCGGCGACACCAACCCGAAGUAUGGCGCCGGGGUUAUUAGUGGACGACAGAAUUUCCAGUCCAGGUUUUGCAGGCGCAAAUAUCGACAGCACGUCAGCUAAAACCCCUUACGUUUCGUUGCGUUCUAUAGGCGAUAGUUCUGCUUCGAGGAAAACACCACAGAGCUCGAAGACUUAUCUGAUUCCUGCGCGGGAUCGAGAACUUGACCAGCCGCCGAGCUUAGGAACUAUGGUUCUUCCCCUCGAGGAACCUCCGAUCGCGCACCAUAUCAAUUUCAGCCGACCCUAUACAUCUUCCCCCGCAUCGCGUUAUAGGAAUGACGACGAUAGAGUGUCGACCUCGAGCCCUCGGCCUGGAAGUGGCAAUUCAAUACUCCACACGCAGAUUCGCCACCUGCAGAAGCAGCUCGAACACCGCAUGGAAGAAAAUACUCAGCUACGACGGCAGCUGGAAGCGCGCGAGAACAUGGAUAUCGGGAGACUGUGCGAGCAGCUCAGGGCAGCAAAACGAGAAUCGAAAAUGUGGCGAGAAAGGGCCGAAGCGGCAGAGAAGCGAGUCGCCGUCUUUAAGCAAUUCACAGCGCGGGUUCGCGGGCUCCGCGACGGGGACGUCUUCGAAGACGCCGAGGAGGAUAUCAACGGCAAGGGGCAAGUGGACGGGCCUAGUCACCGUUACGACGAACAGAAGGGGCGGUGCGGCUUGGGCUUAUGGCAUGGGGACGAAAGCCAGGACCGAGAGGGGAUUGAAGAUCGAAUACGCCAAUAUAUGAAGAAGCAAGCGGUCCCGGGAAGUAAGGAUAAGCCCUAUACCGAGACAGACGGGCUUUGGUGCGGUAGGGCGCGAAACCAGAGUCGGCGAACGAAUGCCCGCGCCGAUAGAACGGCGCAACUAUGGGAUAUAACCGACGAGCUUUUGAUGCUUGAUAAUACGGCGAAGCGUGAGGGCUAA